CAUAGCAGAGGGGGAGGAGUUAGUGUGUGUGUGUGUGAGGGGGGUCAUUACAACAAAUGUGUCCCUGACUGAAGUAGUCCAAUUUCCGCCCCACAGCCGUCCGCAGCAUCUACCAAAGGACGCAUUUAAUGGGACUCGAAUCUUCAUUUUCAACUCUUACGUGACUGUCACGUUCCAGCUGGACUCCGCAAGCCGCCCAUGGUAAUUGUAUUACAUGACUGAGGAUUUUGUACAAACUGCAAGCUAGUGCGCUUGAGUAGUGUCCCACCAAAGAUAACUAACGACAGAAAGAUGGAUGUUCACUUUCCCACUAGUAGUAUCUUGUCCAUUGUCCUUCAAGCGCUCUUGUUGUCGUCUUCAUAUGGUUCGUUGGAGCCCUACGACCUUUUAUACAAUAAUGCCGUCGACGCCUUUUACAGAAGUGACUAUAAAGAUGUAGUGCGAUACAUGGAGGGAGCGCUCAGCAGCUACGCAGAGGUCCGCCAGACUAAAGUCCGAUGUCGACUGAGGUGCCAGGACCAGCACCCGUUUGACUCUGUUUCCAUGGACCUGCAGUUCUUUGACGUGGUUCUCCGAAGAUCAAAUUGUCAAAACGAGUGCAUCGAAGAGAAGGUUGGAACGCAGUCCAUGCACAAAGUCAGCGAGGAUGUCAACCAGGAUUUCCAGAGACGAAUCCCGUACAACUAUCUUCAGUUGGCGUAUCAGAAGCUGAAGCAGUUGGACAAGGCAGCGGCGGCGGCCCACACCUAUUUCCAGGCCAACCCAGAGCAUGUGGAAAUGGAUCAGAACUUAGAGCAGUACAAGGCUCUGGAGGGAUCCGACCAGGACCACUUUGUGGACAGAGAGGCCCGGCCUCAUCAGAGGUCCUUCUCAGCCGGGGUGAAGCUGUAUGACACUGCAGACUACAAGGGUGCCAUCGCCCUGUUCGAGGAGGCCCUCCAGGAGUACUACAGGGCCGACGUGGAGUGUCGGGCCCUCUGCCAUGGGCCCCAGAGGUUCGAGGAGCAGGACCAUGUCCUCUACCGCUACAGCCUAUACGAACUGGUCUCAGACCACUUCACCCAGGCGCUGCACUGUGAACACGAGUGUGUGAGGGACCUGUCGACCCGGCCCGGCCGUCUGUCUCCCAUGGAGAACUACCUGCCUCUACACUACGACUACCUGCAGUUUGCCUACUUCCAGAUGAACAUGGUGGAGGAGGCGAUGGAGUGUGCCAAGUCCUACCUGCUGUUCCACGAGGGGGAGGAGUUUAUGACGGAGAACGUGGACUACUACAGAGAGGCCGUGGGCCACGACGUCAAGCCCCGGGAGAAGGCCGAGUGGUACCUGAGACGCCAUAAGCAGGAGCUGGAGCUACUAGUGAUUGGCAGUGAGAACAUGCACGUGGAAUUUACAGAGGGGCAUUACUGGACCAGCUCAGGUGGAAGAGAGGAUUCGAACAGGAUCCCCUCUGGUACCGAUGGAUGGAUGGAGUAUGUACCCAUCUCAGAGAAGAAGAACUUCACUCUGGCCCCACCACAGAAGCUCAGAGAAGGAGGGCCCUUGGUGUAUGACAGUGUGCAGCUGGUCCAGAACUCAAAGGCCCUGAACGGAACUCAGAGGGUUCUUCUGGAUGAUGUCAUAUCUGUGGACGAGUGUGCCGAGCUCACAAACCUGGCCCAUACUGUCACUAUGGCAGGAGACGGAUACCGAGGGAAGAUGUCUCCUCACACGCCCAACGAGAGGUUUGAGGGAGCCACUGUGCUGAAAACACUGCAGUACGGCUACGAGGGCCGUGUCCCAUUGAGAAGCGCUCGUCUGUUCUAUGAUGCCAGUGAGAGGGCCAGACGCAUCAUCGAGUCCUACUUCCUGCUCAACUCGACGCUCCACUUCUCCUACACACACCUGGUGUGCCGGACCGCAAUCACAGGGCAACAGGACCAUAGAAAUGACCUGAGCCAUCCCAUCCACGCUGACAACUGUCUGUUAGACCCAGAGGCCAACGAGUGCUGGAAAGAACCACCAGCCUACACCUACAGAGACUACAGUGCUCUGCUGUACCUGAAUGGAGACUUUGAGGGAGGAGAGUUCAUCUUCACAGAAAUGGACGCCAAAACAGUCACAGCACAGGUGAAGCCAAAGUGUGGUCGUAUGGUGGGGUUCUCGUCUGGCGGGGAGAACCCCCAUGGCGUGAGGGCCGUCACCAGGGGGCAGAGGUGUGCCGUGGCCCUGUGGUUCACCCUGGACCCCCUCUUCAGAGAACUGGAGCGCCUGCAGGCAGAUGAGGUGAUGCAGGCGUUGGACAACCAGAGCAGCCAAUCACAGUGGGACACAAGCCUCAACAUCAACCCCAAAGACGAGCUGUAGUAGUCCGCCGGCCCCCAGCCCAGCACCCCCCAAAUCUUUAUAUCUAUCUAUUUAUUUAAUGAAGUUUGGAUCAGAACAAUUUUAUUUUUGUACUGUUUGAAGUGCAAGGUUAUAUAGUUGUUUGUGUUGCCGUCGUGGCAUUUAGUCUGUUGUUGUGAUUUUUUUCUCCUUCUGUACAUACCAGUACUUGAGUUCGCGUUUGGGUCUUUGUUUUUCUUUCCAUUGACUCUCUCUCUCUCUCUCUCUCUCUGUUGGGGUGAAACCCAGUCAUUGUGCCUCACACUUUAUAAGGUCCAGUUGACUUUGUGACGACUUUAUAAGGUCCAGUUGACUUUAUAAGGUCCAGUUGACUUUGUGAUGACUUUAUAAGGUCCAGUUCACUUUGCGAUGACUUAAAAUGCUCAGUUCCCUUUGUGAUGACUUUGUGUAGUGUGCGGGUGUGCGCGCGCACAAGGUUGUUACAACACAGACCUGUCAUACAUAUGAACAGUUCUUACUGCACUGUGAUCAAGCGAAAGAGAAGAACAGCAGUCGACAUUGCCGUUCUCUUGUUAUAGAAAAGACAACGGGCUGUUUAUAACGUUUCAAACAUGAACUCAUAAAACAAAUCGGCCGUGGGAUUAUCUCCUUCGGGCGGUGUAAACACAGUUGAUAUGUUUCAUCUACUUAUUCACUGAAACAUUGGCUGGAGUAUAUGCAUUCACCGAGAGAAAGAGGUCAGGCUUUUCUUUACAAACAGGGAGCUGUAAAUCCCUUUCGGUGACUGACAACGAUGACUGAACUGAUCUGUCACUAUUUUCCCGUGCACUUUCUUCUCGUUUGUGGUGUGGUGAAGAGACACCGUUUUCGUGACUCACAUCCCUCCCUAGCUCUGGUCCAUGGCGUUAGCAAGCCUUACUAACGCCUUGGACCAGAGCUAAUCCCUCCCGUCAAUUGCAAUCAAACGCCGAGCAAGAUAACUGUUUACAAGUUAGCUGACACACGGGCAUGGAGUGUGUUUUGUUGUUGUUGUGUGUUUUACGUGUCUGUUUUUAAGAUAGACAGCUGCUAUUGCAAUUGUCGGCAUUUGAUAUUAGAAGCUUUUUAAUAAAAGAUGUCAUUUAUUCCUGUUUAAAGGAAUUCCUAUUUUAAGGUGGCUUAUAGGUGUCCUUUCCUUUCGAAACUUCCUCAUUUCCUGGGUCAAAAUAGACAGACAGGCACACACACUGUUAAAAUUCAAUGGAAAGAACGUGCCUUGUGUACUAUGAUAUUUCAAUGAUUACAACUGCUAACUAUACGUAACUUAUGCAUUUUAAGUUAGAUUAGGGGUUUUAUCUUAUCUUUUGAUAGGGAGGAUGGCCACUCACUAAUAUUUAAAUAUAAAUUGCUGUAGCACAAACAAAUUGUUGUAUCCAUCUAUUUUGUUGUUAAUGUGUACUUAUAAAUUAAAAAGACAAUAUUUCAAUAAAUAACUUAAACCGUGUCCUUUAUUAUUUGGGAACUUGUAAAUUGUUUACAAUUUGAACACAUUGUCUAUAGGUUCAGUUGUAAACCAACAUCAUUUCAUGUAGUGGUUUUACAAAAAUGUAUUUGAAAAUCUAUACAUGAAUAUGACGAUAAGUAAAUCGAUCUUACAUAUCAAGAUAAACAUAGAGGUGAAUUAUGCAUAGUACUGACUGUUCCAACUCAGACUUGUCUAAUUACAAACGAUGUAUGCCGUAUCAAACCAUCGUUCUUUUUAAAUCUCUUAGCAUCUAUAGUAAGUGCAUUGUCUCAAAUCAGAUAGCCGUGGGAAAUAGGGGUGCUCCAGCACCCACUGAGAAAUCCGGAAAAAAUGCACACACCCAAAAAAAUCUUCGCAGCACCCCCACCCUCAAAACAUCUUCAGAAUGAAGCCGUAGAAUGACGCCCUCGGACGGAAGACAAUGUGGUCGGCGUAGAUGCCACUACUACAAAGGACCUAACUUAAGAUAGAUUUAAGAAUAAACUUAAAAACACUCGGUGACAAACGGUUUAUAAAGGCAUUGUGGUAACAGUGGCAAUAUGGGCUACCCACACCGAGACGACCUACUAGCACUGCAGGCAUUGGUGAGCUCAAUGUCUUCUAGUAGGCUAGGUUAAAGUGCAUCAGCAACAGAGAGGAGGCUGUUGACAAUGUAGAGAACAAGUGCCAGUAGACCUAUGAUCACAUUCUGUAUAUAUAUUUGUCGUCGCACAGCUAUUGAGCCAGUCACCUUGGUUAUAAUCAUUCAUUUGCUCAAAUAAUCUCUUUAUAUACUGUACACAGCGAGCACGGGAUUGAUCCCCGACGCCUGAUCAAUUCGGAACCCUGAGGAGUUGUGCAUGUCUUACGAGGUAACGUCGAAGGGAACAGAACUUCGGAGAUCAUCUGUGACAAAUGAAAAGGUAGAAAACAAAGCCCUUCUCUCAACAGUAGUCAACAGUGCUGAUCCCAUCUAAAGAUUCACUUUCAGUAAAAAUGCCUCAUUUUAAGUUGUAUGCUAGUUGAUACUGGAACAGAGCCUAGAUUUCUUUGGUGAUUUCCCCCCCC